AUGGCCAUCGGGGAGGAGCUGCGGAGCGGCUGCUUCUGGCGGGGGGUGCUGGCGGAAGCAGCGGCGACCAUGAUCUUCGUGGGGGUAGUGCUGGGCGCCUCGGCAGCCCCCGGGCCCCUGGCACCGGCGCUGGCCGGGGGGCUGGCGGCCGGGGGGCUGGCCUGCAGCCUCGGGGCGCCCCAGGCCAACCCGGCCUUCACCCUGCAGUCCCCACACACCUUGGACAGCUCCUCCAUCCCUGGGGUGGCUCCCACUCAGUUGCCCAUCCCCAUUUCAGGUCGUCAUGGUCCCCCUAUCCCUCGGGCAGGUCCUCUGAUCCCUGGUGUGGGUCCCCCCUCCCCCCCAUCCCUGGUGUACUGGUUGGGCCCGGUGCUGGGAGCGGUGCUGGCCGGGCUCUGCCAUGAGCUGCUCUUCGCCGCCAGCGCCUCGCGGGAGAGGCUGGGCACCUGCCUGACCUGCCGUAAUGUGGCACCAGUGGAGACCCCCCAGCCCGGCCCCCUCGUCACCCACCAGCCCCCCGGCUGCACAGAACCAGGGCACGGCCUGAGCCCCCCUGCCCCGACCUGGCCGGGGGGGGGCCCACAGGAGAGGGGCUACAUAGGGGCAGCGGGCCGGCGGCAGGCGAGGGCGAGGGCGCGGGUGGUGCGGGGCCAGGCCAUGCGGGAAGUGCGCUCGGCCUCCUUCUGGAGGGCCGUCUUCGCCGAGUUCCUCGGCAGCCUCCUCUACGUGCUGCUGGGGCUGGGGGCCUCGCUGCGCUGGGCCCCGGGCCCCCCCGGCGCCCUGGGGACCGCCCUGGCCUUCGGGCUGGCCCAGGCCACGCUGGUGCAAGCCCUGGGCCACGUGAGCGGGGGCCACAUCAACCCGGCCGUCACCGUGGCCUUCCUGCUGGCCGCUCAGCUCUCGCUGCCCCGCGCCCUGGGCUACCUGGUGGCCCAGCUGCUGGGCGCCCUGGCCGGGGCCGGGGUGCUCUAUGGGGUGACGCCGGCCGCCGUGCGCGGCACCCUCGGCCUCAGCGCGCUGCACCCCAGCGUGGGCCUGGGCCAGGGCACGGCGGUGGAGCUCAUCCUCACCAUGCAGUUCGCGCUCUGCGUCCUCGCCAGCUACGACGAGCGCCGCGACGGCCGCCUGGGCUCCGUGGCCCUGGCCGUGGGCUUCUCCCUCACCCUGGGACACCUCUUCGGGCUCUACUACACGGGAGCCGCCAUGAACCCCGCGCGCGCCUUCGCCCCCGCCGUCGUCACGCGCAACUUCAGCAACCAGUGGGUGUACUGGGUCGGGCCGCUGCUCGGCGGCGCCCUGGCCGCGCUGCUCUACGACUUCGUGCUGGCGCCGCGGCGCCGCGGGCUGGCCGAGCGGCUGGCGGCCCUCAAGGGCGAGCCGCCGGCCGAGCCCGAGCCCGAGCCCGAGGCGCCGGCCGAGCCCGAGCCCGAGGCGCCGCCGGAGCCGCUGGAGCUGAAGACGCAGUGCUUGUAG